AUCUGAGAUGUUGUUACCUGGAAGAUGGCUGCUCCUCCAACAGCCACAUCAUGAUGCCCAGGAAAAAAUGGAGAAAAAGAGGAAAAAACAGAGGAGAUGAGAAAUAACACCCUGCUGCCAGCUAUUGCAUUGUGCCACCAUAGACAUUCCCCUGGCAAGACAGGAUCACAGCAUACAGGAGGCAUCCCUUCUUGGAUUCUCUAUCAGCUAUGGACAGAGAUUACAUCGCGAGAGUUCGAGCAGUCGUGAUGUCCAGAGACGACUCUAGUGGGGGCUGGGUGCCAAUGGGAGGAGGAGGUCUCAGCCAUGUAAUGAUCUGCAAGGUUCGGCGACCAGACACCUCUCACCAACGAGACUACCUUAUCCGAGGGGAAAGGCUGCGAGACCAGGCUACUAUCCUCGAGUGUGUCCUAAAGAAGGGCCUAGUGUACAAUAAAGCCAACCCCAUCUUCCAUCAUUGGAAAGUCGAGGAGAACAAGUUUGGGCUGACCUUUCAGAGUCCGGCGGAUGCUGUAACAUUUGAGAGGAGUGUGCAAGCUGCCAUGGAGGAACUCGUAGAAGGCUCUCUGUCACAUUCAACAUCCUCAUCAUCAUCCUCUACCUCUCGGGAAGAAGCGCAAGCUUUGGAGGAUGUCAUGCCACUCCAUACAGACAGUGAAUCAUCUUCUAACAGCCGGAAGGAAAUGUUACCAAAACAUAUCACCAUUGUCACUAGCGAGUCAUCUUCCAGCUGCUAUGUGAGAUCGCCUGUUUCCGAAGAGUUCGGUUUUACCUCUGGUCCAUCAGUUAGUCCCACAACACAGUCACAGCCUCUGCAGCGCCUGUCGUUCCAUGACGAGGAAGAGCUGGAAAGCAUCAACCCUUGCAAAGACCUGUGGGUGUCGAAGGGGUACGAAGAUUACAGACGUGCCGCUCUUCAGCGGCCUGAGCAACCCAAGUCUGACCUGCGCGUUCACUUCCAAAAAGCCAGCGGGAGCAAAGCCAAGGAUAGGCAUUUUCCAGCAGUGGUGGGCACAACGACAGCGGAAAGUGAGGGGCCUUUGAAGGACCCUAGAGCCUCUCCUUCCUGUAGGAUUCAUGGCACUCCGUCUCCUAAGUCUAAAGAACACUCUCACAUGGCAGGAGAGGAGGACACAGCCACUGCCCGCUGCGUGUAUUGCAGGGACGUGUUCAGCAGCGAAGAGAAUGGUAGAGGGCAGUGCCAGGACGCUCCUGACCCCAUAGGGCGUUGUGUCUACCAGCUUUCCUGCAUGUGGUGUGCUGAGAGCUUACUGUACCACUGCAUGUCAGACUCAGAAGGCGAGUAUUCGGACCCCUGCUCCUGCGACCCAGGGCACCCCCACUUUUGCAUACGCUGGGCUGCCCUGGUAGCCUUGUCCCUCGUGGUCCCCUGCAUGUGCUGCUACAUCCCACUACGGGCGUGCCACUGGUGCGGGGAACACUGUGGCUGCUGUGGGGGUAAGCAUAAGGCAGUGCGGUGAGGGGAGGAGAACAGGGUGCAAGGAGGAAAAUUUAAUGUUCUGUCUCUAACCUCCUGAGAGCCAGCAACUAUUUAUAUGGUGAGAUCUGCCACCAUGUUUGUGAGUGCGCAGGUCUUGCGUCUGGCCGGAGAUUUGUGUUGUAUUCAGACAGGCUGCAAAGGCAAUGACCUACCAAAUAGAGGCAGGAGAGAAUCCUGUUAAGAAACGGUAGUUCCAGCAAUUACAAUUCAGCCUAACAUUAUACCAGUCUGUUAUUUAUUACAGGUCGGGGGUUUAGAUUCCAAAGAAGACCAAAAUGAGAGAAGGUCAGUUUGGAACUCGCUGGGACUAAUUUAGGAAAACUGGAGUAAAAUUGGAGAUGAUGACCACAGAGGCCAAUACAAUACAAUGGGGCUGAGUUAUGAAAAGGGGAAACGUUGGCUACAGCAACCAAUCCCGUUUCACUUGUCAGAUUAAAACCCCACUACAGACAAAACACUGGAAAAUGUUAGGUCAUCUUUCAAGACUUUCAAGCUGGCCGGAUUGAGGAAAUCCCCCUUCAUGUCCUAGUAACAAAAGGAAAUCCCCCCCAAGUGGGAAAAAAGACCCCAAUAAAAAAUCUAAGGCUUCAUUUCCACUGGCGUUUUUACAGCCACUUUUCUGAGCGUUUUUUACAGCUUAAAAACGCCUGUCCAU